GUGACAACGUCAAUACAAAUAAACUUGGCGUUUAAUGGAUUCGUUAAAGGCGUAAUUUAGUGUAGGGUUUUUGCGAAGAAAAAAGUGUUGAUUCGAGGAUGAAAUUUAAGAUUACUUUAGCCGAUAGGCCGUCGCAUAAAGCUCCAGUGACCUGCGUUGGAUGGAGCAGCACCGAAGAGGUUUAUUCCUCCGGAGAUGAUUGCACGAUAUUAUCCUGGUCAGUGUCCACCAACCAAUCCGCCAAGGUAACAAAAUUUCCGGGAGAGGUUUAUCCUACGGAUCUCCAUUUUCUGCCCAGAAUCGGCGGGUCGUUGAGCAAGCACGGAGAUUUGAUUCUGAUAACCGCGGUGGAUGGAAAAUUUCACAUUUUGAACAAGGCAGGGAGAAUUGAGAGAUCCGUCGAAGCUCACACCGGGGCAAUCCUAGCUGGGCAAUGGGGCAACGACGGCACGAGUUUAUUAACUGCUGGUGAAGAUGGCAUGAUAAAAAUCUGGUCUCGAAGCGGAAUGCUCAGAAGCACGGUAGUUACAAGCGAAUGCUCAGUAUACGGAGCAUCCUGGUCACCAGAUAGCCAAGCGAUCGCUUACACCCAAGGAAAAUGUAUCGUUGUAAAGCAACUAGCUCCCAAUACAAAACCCCUCAAGUGGAAAGCACACGAUGCUAUUGUAUUAUGCCUAGCUUGGAGCUCCGUGAACGAGCUCAUCGUCUCUGGUGGAGAAGAUUGCAAGUACAGAGUAUGGGAUAGCCAGGGGCGUUUGAUGUUUUCCAGUGGAUUCCACGGGAAUCACAUACAAUCUGUGGCCUGGUCUCCGACUGGUGACCUCUUCGCUGUAGCUACUUACAACACUCUGAGGCUCUGCGAUUACUUAGGGUGGUCAAGGUCUCUGGAUAAACCGAAUACAGGGUGCAUCUACAAACUGGCCUGGUCGGCGGAUGGUACCCAAUUAGCUGGUGCCUGCGCCAAUGGUCAGGUUCUAUUUGCCCACGUUGUAGAAAGGGAAGUCCAAUACGAGAACUUUGUGGCGUUGAUAAAAGAGAAAAAGUUAGUCGUUGUUAAAAAUAUACUCGACGAUACCGAAGAGCAAUUGGAACUUCCCGAAAGGAUAAUUCAAUUGGCGAUGAAAUAUAGCCAUCUGGUUAUUACUACUCCAUCGCAAUGUUACAUUUACAAUACGAAUAAUUGGAACACUCCGGCUAUAUUCGAUUUGAAAGAUGGGUCUGUUAUAUUGUUGUUGCUCGCUGAAAAGCACAUGUUUUUGAUCGAAAAGAACUCCGCUAGUAUAUACAACUACCAAGGAAGGUUAGUAGCAUCUCCUCGAUGGCCCAAUAUGAGAUUAGAUCACGUUCAAGCAUCGACAGUGGCUCUUUCAUCGGACACAUUAGUGGUUAGAGAUGCAGGAGAUCCAAAACUGAUACACAUAAUAGAUUUAUCGAACAACAGAACGUCCAGCGAGCCCACGCAAUUUCAACACAAUACCCCGAUAAUCCAAUUGUCUAUGGAUCAAUGGGGCGAUCCGGCGUCCAGGAAUUUGGCGAUUCUGGAUCGAACCAGAGACCUAUUUUUGAUUAAUAUCAGAUCACCGAAUAAAACAAUUAAUAAAUUAGGAAGAAAAAUCGAUUCGUUCAAAUGGAAUGCCACAGAAAAUAUAAUGGCAGCGGUGCAAGACGCCAAACUAGUCGUUUGGUAUUGUCCCACGGCAUGCUUCAAUCCGAAGCUGCUGAGAAUGAGCUCGUUUCACUUCGAUUCCACCGAAUUGAGCAGCAACCCACAAAUCAACGAUUUCGUGGGGAAUUCGGUGUCGGUGAGGCGCGCCGACGGUUCGCUGCUGAACGUUCCCAUAUCGCCCUUUCCCAGUUUAAUCCAAAGGGCCGUGAUGGAUAACCGAUGGUCGGACGCGAUUAAUUACUGUCGUACCGCGAAUAACGAGACCACGUGGACGUGCCUUGCUGUCUUGGCCACGCAAGCCUCUGCUUUUACUAUGGAUAUUGCUGAAGAGGCCUUUGCGAACGUCAAUCAGUAUGAUAAAGUGUACUUUUUACAGCACAUAAAGAAUUUACCUUCGAAAAUUGAGCAGCGAGCUCAAAUGGCUCUAUUGGGUGGUAAAAAUCUGGAAGCUGAAUCGACGCUUUUACACAACGGUAUGGUGUUCCAGGCUAUAUACAUGAAUAUAAAUUUGUAUGACUGGAACAGAGCCCUAGAUUUGGCCAUUAAACAUAAAACUCAUAUUGAUACAGUGCUUUACUUGAGGGAAAAAUAUCUGGAUGGUCUAGGAAAACAAGAAAACAAUAAUAAGUUUGUUACUCUUAGAGAAUCAGUGACUAUUGAUAAAGAUAAGAUUGAAGAGAAAAUUAAAUUAGAGUUUCAACGAAGAAAACUCAGUUCCUAAUACAUUAUCAUCUUAACACAAAUAAUUUUUGUAAAAUAAAAUUUUCAAACCGAAUGCCUAAAUUAACCAACAAAAUUGAAAACCUUUCGAAUUAAAUUACCAACCUAUCUCUGUUUAUUCAAUAAAAAAAAAACCUUAGUUGAACUACGAACCUAAAAAAAUAAUUAAUUUUCAAGAAACGAGACGAAAUCAGUCAAUUUAGAAAGUUGAUCUUCGCUACUGGUCUGGCCUAAAUGCUGAACGACCUGCCGCACGGGGUGCACCAUUUUGGUAUCCGCAUCAAAUUUCCACCCCUUCUCCAAGCAAGAAGGUACGCAAACCUCAGGAGGCAAACCUGUCAUGGCAGAUACUGUAUCCAGACUUAUCGACGAGUAGGCUUGGGAUAUCAAAUCAACAGCCCUCGAUCGGACAACCUCUGAAAGAACAAAUUAAUUUAUAAAAGAUAAAUUGCACAAGAACUAGGUGAUAUAACUCCACGAUUCAUUCGAUAUUAAGAGGUUUUAUACAGAUAAACGUUACCUUGAACUUGUCUCAUAAUUUCAGAGACCGUUUCAGACCACGUAACAGAAUUUAAAGCUUUGUAUAUAGCAGGAAAGUCUCUCGUCCACAUGCUUUGCCCUACGGCCCAAAUAUUGGCUAGUUCCGGAGUCGAGGCCUUUAUUGUCGGUGGAAUCCUUUUCCACAAAUAUUUGGCGUUACAUC